UUACCGAAAAGCGCGUUAAAGACAAAAAAAAAAAAAGAGAGAGAGAGAGAGAAACGAGAUAUGAAAAUUACGUUAAAGUAGGAACACAAACAGGAGCAGGAGGAGGAGGAAGAGAAGAAACAGGAUAAGCAUGCAGCCACGCCACUAAAGGAGCCGAAAUGAAGGAGCUACUUGCGCUGCUGCUGGUGCUGGUGGUGACGGUGAAUGGAGGACGGCCGUACAACCAGGGAGGCCACUCGGUCGGGCCCCAGAAAUUCGUAAGAGAUCCGUACGGCACAUACCGCCCUGUCCCUGACGCCGUUGGCGGCCCCCCCUUCGGCAGACCCUUCGGCUCAGGAGGCGGCCGCCCCUCGCACGCUGCCGCCUCCCACAUCCACGGGCAGUCGGGCUUCCAACAGGGCGGGUUCCCAUCCCACCAAAACAACUUCCAGCAAGGUGGAUUCCCAUCACACCAGAACAAUUUCCAACAAGGCGGGUUCCCAUCAAACCAAGGCGGAUUCCCAUCAAACCAAGGCGGAUUCCCAUCAAACCAGGGCGGCUUUGGAGGUGACGUUCCCAUCAUCCCUCUUCCCAACAGACCCUCCGUGGGGAUCGGUCAAGUGGGUUCCGACAUCGACAUCUCCCAAUUCGCGCGCAACAAGCCUGGCGCUGGGAAAGGAUCGCGCUAGUCGCUCCCCAAGGCCUGUCAGUGUCCCUGCCUCGGAGUUACCACUACCACCACCACCACCACUGCCAUCCUAACCACCUGGUAUUCUCAGACGCUUCACCCUCUCGCAUCAACUAUUUCCAAAGGCCAAAAGGAAGAUCAAUCGGGUUCUAAUGAGUCUUUUUUUAGGUUCAAGGUACAAAAGAAGGGUUAAACUACCACCAGGGUCAUAAAACUACCCCUGGAAAUGCCCUAAACUCCUACGAAAACUGUGUUAGAUAAGUGUUCUUGGGGGCCGAAAUAUUAAAGAAUGCGGCCCUCCUGAGAAGCCCCCUCUAGCUCCAGCCAAACCAACCCCGAAGACCUUCAAGCAUGAUCACGAAAAGCCCUGAGCAGCCUCCACCUAAGCAGUAGUGUGGGCGAGGCGGCAGGCGUGGUGUGAGGCUAUGAAACAGACAUUGGCCAUAAGCAUUUACCGAAAACUUUGCUGUAUGAGUAUUCUGACACUAAUAAAAUAUAAAAGUUGUUCA